AUGCGGCCGAGGGUCCGCAUGAGGGUGUCACGCGCGUCAAAAUCACCUGAGCAAAGACCGAGCCCACCCAAGCCGGAGCCCGACCAGCUCACCGAACCUGCUACAAUUAGCUACGGCUACCCUCCUGCGGCCCAUCAGGCUGUCGCGUCAAGUUAUGAUACAGGCUAUACCAGCAAUGACAGCAUGAUCGGCCCCUGCCACCCCUCGUCGUACGCGGCCGACUACCUGCGACCACCACUGCUCAAAGCUCCGUCAUGGAGUUCCUACGGGUCGUCCAUAACGCCUCGCAGUCCCACUGCCAUUCACCACGCAGUGAUAACGCGCCCAAGCAUCACGACUCUGCCCAUGCCGACGUCGAGUGCACCGCAGCUGAUCCAGACCUGCACAAUACAGACGUCCGGAUCCUCCAGUCCCGCGCAGAUGAACCCGUACGCCAUGUACUCGGCCAAGGCGAACCUCAAGAUCAACGGCGACCUGGAGGCGAUGGCAAGCAACUGGACACAGGAGGAGUGGGAGAACCAAAGGCGCAUAGUCAUGUUCAACAAGAAGCAGCAGGGCUCAAUACUGUCAACAAGCUUCAAGCCCGUCACCAAGAACGAGUGUUAUGUGACCAGUGUCGACACCAUCUUGCUGUUAGAGCAGCUCGUGGCGUCUCCCGCGAGGUUCAUGGUGGAAGAGAAGAACCGGAUACGGCGCAACCUGGAGGGAUUCCGGCCCCUGACGGUGAGUAAGGCCAAGGCGGACAGUGAAGAGGUGUUCAAGAUCAUCAUGGCAUUUCCAAAUCCGAAGCCGCGCAAUAUCGAGAGGGACGUCAAGUCCGCAUCGCCUGCUUCGCAGCUCCCUUCAGGCCCGGGACCGACCAUGCUCACACCUCUCAACAGAACAAGCCCAGGACUCUAUGCAAUGCCCCAUACCCCAACAGUAUCCGACGGCGGAGGGUACUCUCACAACGACUCGCACACGACGGCAUCGCCGCGCUCGCUUUCAGGCGCUCCCCCUAGCUGGGCGGCCUACGCCGGACGUAUCCUCUCCCCGAGUCUCAAGACCCAUUCACCGCAGGCAGGGAUCAUGAUUCCUGGCAUACCUUCCUACGGGCAGGCAGACGCGAGACAGCACUCGACACAUCACUACGGCCUGGCACCGCAUAGCCAGCGGUGGGACUCGGCAGUCGCGAAUGGGUAUGGCGAUGCUUCUGCGUCGCCUGUGUACACGAGCCACCACCAUAAACACCAAAGUCAUGUGUAA